UCUCCGCUCUCGGGGCUCGUGCAGCAUCAGAGAUGUGAGCGGCGGGAAGCAGCUCUGCCUCGCGCCGCAGGAGGACCGCAGGAUGGCGGGAGGACGGCGGGGUCUCGUGGCCCCUCAGAACACCUUCCUGGAGAACAUCGUCCGCAGGUCCAACGAUACCAACUUUGUGCUGGGGAACGCUCAGAUCGUGGACUGGCCCAUCGUCUACAGCAACGACGGCUUCUGCAAACUGUCCGGGUACCAUCGUGCCGAGGUCAUGCAGAAGAGCAGCACCUGCAGCUUCAUGUACGGAGAGCUGACGGACAAGGAGAUGGCGGAGAAGGUUCGUCAGACCUUUGACAGCUACGAGAUGAACUCCUUUGAGAUUCUGAUGUACAAGAAGAACCGGAUGCCGGUUUGGUUUUUCGUGAAGAUCGCUCCAAUCAGGAACGAGCAGGACAAAGUUGUGUUGUUUCUCUGCACCUUCAGUGACAUCACCGCCUUCAAGCAACCAAUCGAGGAUGACUCUUCAAAAGGUUGGGGUAAAUUUGCCCGUCUGACCCGUGCGUUGACCAGCAGUCGAGGAGUUCUUCAGCAGCUCGCUCCAGCUGUCCACAAGGGAGAGAACGUCCACAAACACUCACGGCUGGCGGAGGUUCUGCAGCUGGGUUCAGAGAUCUUGCCUCAGUACAAACAGGAAACCCCAAAGACGCCGCCACACAUCAUCCUGCACUACUGCCUCUUCAAGACCACGUGGGACUGGGUCAUCCUCAUCCUCACCUUCUACACGGCCAUCAUGGUGCCCUACAACGUCUCCUUCAAGACCAAGCAGAACAACGUCACCUGGCUGGUGGUCGACAGCAUCGUGGACGUCAUCUUCCUCGUCGACAUCGUCCUCAACUUCCACACCACCUUCGUGGGCCCGGCUGGAGAGGUCAUCUCCGACCCAAAACUCAUCCGCAUGAACUACGUGAAGACGUGGUUUGUCAUCGACCUGCUGUCCUGCCUGCCUUAUGAUGUCAUCAACGCCUUCGAGAACGUGGACGAGGGGAUCAGCAGUCUCUUCAGCUCUCUCAAAGUGGUGCGUCUGCUGCGUUUGGGUCGGGUCGCCCGGAAGCUGGACCACUACAUCGAGUACGGUGCUGCUGUGCUGGUUCUACUGGUGUGCGUGUUCGGCCUGGCGGCCCACUGGCUGGCCUGCAUCUGGUACAGCAUCGGGGACUACGAGGUGAUCGACGAGGACACCAACAGCGUGCGGACGGACAGCUGGCUGUUCCUGCUGGGGGACACGGUGGGGACGCCCUACAGGUUCAACGCCUCAGGGACGGGCCGCUGGGAGGGCGGGCCCAGCAAGGACUCCGUCUACAUCACCUCACUGUACUUCACCAUGACCAGCCUGACCAGCAUCGGCUUUGGAAACAUCGCGCCAAACACAGACGGAGAGAAGAUCUUUGCUGUGGCCAUGAUGAUGAUCGGAUCGCUGCUGUACGCCACCAUCUUCGGUAACGUCACCACCAUCUUCCAGCAGAUGUACGCCAACACCAACCGCUACCACGAGAUGCUCAACAGCGUCCGAGACUUCCUGAAGCUCUACCAGGUCCCAAAAGGUCUGAGCGAGCGGGUGAUGGACUACAUCGUGUCCACCUGGUCCAUGUCCAGAGGCAUCGACACCGACAAGGUGCUGCAGAUUUGUCCAAAGGACAUGCGAGCAGACAUCUGCGUCCACCUCAACAGGAAAGUGUUUAAAGAACACCCGGCGUUCCGGCUGGCGAGCGACGGCUGCCUGCGAGCGCUCGCCAUGGAGUUCCAGACGGUCCACAGCGCGCCGGGCGACCUCAUCUUCCACGCAGGAGAGAGCGUGGACAGCCUGUGCUUCGUGGUGUCGGGGUCACUGGAGGUCAUCCAGGACGACGAGGUGGUCGCCAUUUUAGGUAAAGGUGACGUGUUCGGCGACGUGUUCUGGAAGGAGAUGACGCUGGCGCAGUCCUGUGCUAACGUGCGAGCGCUGACCUACUGCGACCUCCACAUCAUCAAACGAGACGCGCUGCAGAAGGUUCUGGAGUUCUACUCCGCCUUCGCAAACCACUUUGCCAGAAACCUGCUGCUCACCUACAACCUGAGGAAGAGGAUCGUCUUCCGGAAAAUCAGUGAUGUGAAACGCGAGGAGGAGGAGAUGUUGAAGAGGAAGAACGAGGCUCCUCUGAACCUCCCUCCGGACCAUCCGGUGCGCCGACUCUUCCAACGUUUCCGGCAGCAGAGGGAGGCCCGACUCGCCAACGAGCAGGCGAAUCAGGGUGCCAGUGACGUGGAGAAAGGAGCCAUUUCCCUGGAGCCGCCUAAAGGUCCGGCGGUCUUGGCCUCCACUAGUAUAGUCAUGGUGACUGAGAGCAUAGCUACACCCACCACCUCCUCAACAUCCACCGCAUCCUCCUCAUCCAGGACCUCCAGCCGAGUCAUGCUCCACGCUCCCGCUACUCAAAACGGAAAUCUGGUUGGCUGUAAAUCCGCGGAGCCGCCCAAAGCUAAAGGCUGGGGACGCUUCAAGGAGUCAGUGGUGAAGGCCGACUCGUGGAGCAGCGUCUCGAAGGCUGAGUCCAUGGAGACGCUACCCGAUAGAACUAAGUCUCAUGAUGAGAUGUCCCUCAAGAAAACCGACUCCUGUGACAGCGGCAUCACAAAGAGCGACCUACGGUUGGACAAUGUCGGCGGCGCCAGAACACCGCAGGAGCAAAGCCCGGUCCAGUCUGACGAGAAGAGGGUCUUCUGUCCGAUACCCGAGCAGAGCAUUCAGGCCUCUUUCAUGGAGCUGAAACAAGAACUACGUGGAGACAUCAGAUCUCUGAACAGUCGCAUGGCAGCGUUGGAGGCUCAGCUGGCUGAGAUGCUGCGACUUCUCAAAUCCAGGAAGUCGUCGGGCUCCUUCUUCGAGAUCUCACGACCUCCUUCCCCUGACUCCGAUAAGGACUCCUACUCCUAAACUGGACAUGGAGUCUGAACUCAAACUAUUCAGUUCCAGAUAUCAGAGAGGAGCUUCUGACUGCGCUGUGAAGCCUCCCGAUGGUCCGUGAUGGAAAAAGCACUUCGUGACGUCUGUAGCAUCAGAGACUUUAGAAAGAACCGCGGCGGUCUCGAUGACACCUUUGGUUCUCAGGAGGGUUUCAAGACUUUAGACCUUCGCAUGAUAUCGGCAAUAACAACAGGCGGCAAUACGCUUGUUUUAAAUACUGUCUGUGGCACUGUGAUGAAGAAGAUUAUGCUGUAAGGGUGAACUUGGUGGGUUUGACCCGGUCCCAUGAGGUCUGGUCCACAACGUCUGUCUGGCUGUAUAGAACCACCAGAUACUGAAGGGUCCGCUCUCGGUGGCCCAAUCGAAAGAAGGUUUACACACUUCAGCAGGAAGCUGGAAUCAAAAGAGAUGCAUGUCUUUGAUUCAGGUGGAGGAUGGAAGUUACUCCUACAACUGACAAAAAGACGAUGUGUCCGUGAUGUCACCAGAUCCACAUACUGUGUGUUAUCUAUUUUUUUUCUGGUGCCACUGCAUGACAUCAUAUUAACAAUGCUCUGUGAUUGGCUGGUUAGUGUGUCAGUCUGAGCAGGAGGCUGAAGAUCUCGUGGACCAGACUCUCAGCGGACUGGUUGUAGCCAGCCGACCAGAUUAAGUGACUUUAGCGCCAUUUUCUUUUGAGAAUCUGGCGUUUUGUUCGAGUGAAGGCGACAGAAUGUCUCCUGCUGACUGAACACCGUGUGUCCAGACUGCAGUCGGUAGCGUUUUUAUAUGCAGAGUGAAUGAAAACGAGACACUGAAUGUGUCCGCUGUUGAUCACAGGCUGGUUAGUCUGGAGUUUUAGCUUUUAUGAAAUAACGCUGCAUGCAUGUUUCCACGCUGGUGAGUUUUCAGCUUUGAAUGGAGCCAGUGGACACGACAGUAAUCUGAUUACUAGUCUGAUUACUAGAUUAUAUUCAAAUUCAAGAGCAAUAUGUUUAUGUGUCAACUUGUUGUUGACGCUUCAUUUGAAAUCAUGCAUUUCAUCAAAUCUUGUCACGUAACAGACGACAGCUGCAGUAGAGCGUAUACCUCUGCCAGUGAAUAACAGUCCGCUUCAAUUCAAUCAAGCCUCAAUCCAACUAUUUUAUUUUUUGGAUCUGCAUCAAAUUGUUCUCAUUCAUAGAUACACCUGAUCCACACAUCUCAUAAUGUCAAAGAAAGAGAGAAAACCUUUUUGUGUAAUCCUGCCGACAAACCAACAAAACAUCAGACGUGAAAGCUCGACCUCUGAGUCUCCAGCAGGAGCUCCAGCGUCAGACUGUGUAACUACGUCGUCUCGUGAUGAGCUGAGGCACAAAAACACUUUUUCCCAUAAACCAACGUUUUGAAAGAACCUCCAAGACAACUGGAGCCAAUCAAUCCGAUAACAUUUAGAAAGUCUAGAAGAGCUGAUUCAAUUAGUUUAUCCUCAGUAAAGUUAGCCAUGCGCUAAACAGGAAGUUAGCUAGCUCAGUCGGUGGAAGUAGCUCCGCCUCCAGCGCUGUGUCCAGAUUUUAAUGUCUUGUCCUUGAAUGAUACUAACGCGAGCUAACGUCAAGGAAGUGCAGAAGUUUUUGGCAGCAGCCCUGUUUGGGAAUCAGACCGUGAAUCUGCUCAUCUACAGAGAGACGAGCAUCAUUUCUGAAUCUGUGCAGCGUUCGUCUGAUUCUUCCAAAACACUUUGAGACGAAUGCAAAAACAAGGCAAUAACAAACCUCAGUGCUGAGCUCCUCCCCGCUGCUCCUCAACAGUUUUUGUGGGACUUCCUGCGGUUUACAGCUCCACUUCGGUCACAGCACCUCCUGGUGGUCGCAGCCGGUCUCUGAAGAAGCCCGGUCACCACAGUGAGUGUGAUAGGCUGAGACACCUGUCAAUCAAGGUGAAAACACCCCCCGAACAUACAGACCUCAAAGACCUGCAGCAGUUCUGACUCUCCUUACUUGAUUCUGCAGAACCUGAAGUUUCAGUCUGAUGCAUUUAAAGUCCCAGUUCUUCAUUUUCUAUCUGAGAACGGAUGAAUUUAGCAGAUUUGUUGUUUAUCUUCUCUCUCACUGUGAAGUCAGACUGAAAUCUGUGAAGUUUAGUUUUUGUUUUUGUUUAAAAAGAUGACCUUGGAUUCCACGUGAAUAUUUGCCUCAAUCUGACUUUUCCUCAGCGAGUUAUUAGGAUAUUAUCUGUUCUGGACACAAACAGGAGGCUAGCCAAUGAGCUAACAGUAGCUACUGUUGUGAAGAACUUAAAUAUGUGUAAUCGGGUUUUUGGGAAAGUACCGUUCUAAAUGCAAUAUAUUAAUAUUUACCUUCAUUUUAAAUUCAUAUGUGUUGUUACAAUAUAAUGUCGGCUAUAACGACACGAUGAGCGUUUUUAUUGGAGUCCACAGAAGAAGCAGCGCCUGGUGCGAUUCAGUAAUGUAAAUUAAAGUCUUCAUUGCUGAGACUGAACACAGAACUUAUCGGCCCGGCUGUAUUAAACACACAGAACCUGUAUCUCUAAAGAAGUAACAAUAACUUUUUAACAUGUUCUGAUGAAUAUAUAUAUCCUGUGGUAAGAAAAUCAUUUUAGAUAUCGUUAAACGUUUGUAAAGAAACAGUUUUAUUAAUCACAUGUGCUCGUGUGAGAAACCUCCAGCAUUUAGAAACACAAUACCCGUCAGAAUAUCCUGGACAGGACAGAGGUCCGAUGAGACCCGGCCCAGACACGACACCAUGACAAGAGUCCCUGAAGUGUAAAGUAUCAUCUCCGCUUCAGUCUGGUCCAGUUUAUUGACGUUGCAGAACUCCAGCGUUUUUCUUUCACUCUGAAGAAAUAUAUGUGUUGGAGCAGGAUCCAGGUUCUUCUGGCCUCUUGUGACCCAACAGUACCGUCAUAAACAGAGUCCAGCUAGCAGCAGUUAGCAACUCUGGCGAUAGCUGCCCCACUAUCUGCUGGGAGUUCAUCAGGGGCCAAUUCUUAUGUACUGCACCUUUAAAGAGUUGCAGCUUUGAGCAUCACACUGAAACUGAACUCAUUUUAAGAUCCGGUCGGAUCCGUUCACAGCUGAAAACGAGCAGCUCCGAGCAGAGAGACGAUGAUCUGAGAUGUUUGUCUUGACUUUGGUGUCUCGUGUGUCCUGUGAUUGUAAUAUAGCAUCAUAAUAUGCAACUGUUGCCGUGUGUGCUGUGUGUACUGAGAGUCGGGUCGUCCGGUCCGGUUCUGAUGCACUUUGGUCGUUUCUGCAUGACGCUGGUGUCUGAACCUCGCUACUUAAAUAUGUGGGAGGACUUUAGGUUUCCUUCUCUCUGAACUUUACUUCGGUCACAUGUACGUAACGACCGUCUGUGCAUGAAGAGCACCUCCAUGUUGAAACGUCUCUACGAUAUCACGUCUGCACUCUGGAGGACGAGCUUGAGAAACCCAACCACAGAUAUAAAUUCUUAUUUCUGUUCUUCACAUAUUGUCAGGAAUGAAAACUGUAUCAGCACAAAGAGUAUUUAUCACAUGGCAACAAUAAAUGAUUUUAUACUUUGUA